AUGUCUCUCUAUUGGUUCUUCGAGAAGGUGGCUCAAGACGAAGAAGCUGCGGGCUUGACAUUGCAGAAGGCUCUCUUCAAGCUGUCCGGGGUGUUCCUCUGGGAUCCGCCCAACAAGAUCAAUGCCAUUUAUCCCAUCCUACCUAUGUUCUUCAUCAACAUUGUCGCCAUCCUCAACUUCUUACAGGUCUUCAGGUUCAGCAUCCGCACGCUGCACGACUUCACUGAAAUGGUCCUCACCCUAAUAGUGGCACUGGUAUUCGCAUCUUCCGGAUUGAAGCUGAUUCUCCUUCACUGGUCGAAGAACUACAUUAAAGAGCUUGUCGACUUUUUGGAGUCCUUACCCCGACUAGAGAGCUAUAAAAAGGUGAAAUAUAUGGAAGGAGUAUGUAUGUCAUACAUGUACAUACUGAUAUUCACGGCUAUACCAAAAUAUUGCCUUGGGAUCAUGAAAGGAGAGCUACCAUUUGAAUCAGCUUGGCCUUUCGAUACAAAAACGACUGCUGGAUGGUGGAUUGCAUAUUUUGAAGGUUCUGUUCCAACCAUGGCCACUUUCCCCUUAUUUUAUAGCCUACAGUACAGACAUCCUCUCCGCGAACUUCUGCUGGUUCGCCCAGUCCAGCUUCGAUACCCUGCUGGUCAUGUCGGUGACUUUGAUGGCAAGCCACCUUGCACGGCUCAGGCAGAUCUUGGCCAGCGUAGGGAAGGACCCAGCACUCGACGAACGGCCACUUUCAUCCAGUUCGUUCAAACUCUGCGGGUGAUUUCUUCAGUGAUUUCUCCACCUCAUAUUUGGUUUCCUCUGCACCUCUCUUGUACUGUUGGAGUUCACUCGGUAAUGGUUUUGGACCACCUUUCGAGAUUUCCAGCCAAUAUCUAUUUUUGUUUUUAG